GGGGCUCCUCGAGCUGCUGCCGCACGCUGUGCCCCUCGAAAGGACCUUGCUCUGCUGCGGGGCCCCUCGCUUUGGCCUCGUGACCCUUCCAGGAGCUUUGCGCCCCAAAAGGUGGUCUGGGGGGUGCCCCAUGUGGGCUGCGGGGGUCUCUGGCCGGCCGGUCUCCCUGGGCUUCGUGUCUGUCUCUGCUGGAGCUUUCAAGGAGCUGGUGUCCACAAGGGCUCCUGAAGCUCGGGGAGCCAGGAGGGUUUGUUCGCCCGUGGAAGUGCCCGGGAUAAACCCCCGGGAGCGUGCAGGCGCGGGGCAGAUAACCGGCGGUGAGUAAGGCCCUAUGGCUGCCGGGGCGGGGGCAGCCGCAUCCGCACCUCGCUGGGCAUUGGUGCCACCCCACCGCAAACCAUCCGGGCACAGAGCACCCCGGGGAUCGCGCUCCCGCCUGCCGCGGGGCUUUCGCGGCUGUGCUGGUGUGACACACCUCCCUGCGUGUGCCGUGUGGUACGUGGGCUCCUUGCCACCGAGGAACAGUUUGAUUUUGCUUUCAGCAGAUUGUCUGGUUGCCACGGUUGGUGCAGCAGCAUCCUCGAGGGCUUUCCCGGUGUGGUUCACUUAAGGGGAGCAGGGCAAGGCGGGCUCCAGUUUCUCUUUCUAUCUUUCCCGCUGAGUCCUGCUGCUGGCUCUGGCUUGUGCCGGCAGGGACAGGAGUGGGGACAUGGUGCCGUCUGUGCUCGCCCUGGCUGUGCUGUGCCGGGCACGCUGCGGGGGCACCGGACCGGGGCAGGAGGAUGCUGCAGCAGGAGCCUGCGUGGGGGCAAAACCCUUCUGAAGUGAAUCUCCCUAUGUGCUCAGCUCCCCUCCUCCCCAUCCAGCCCCAGCCCUUCUGCAGUGCCACCGUCCCCGCUGAGAGCACGUCCCCAGGGCUCAGCCGGGGGAGAUGCGUUGGGAUGCGGGUGAUGAGCGUUAAUUUAGUUUUUAUCGUUGCAGCAAAUAAGUCGAAAUUUGGAAGGAGCGCUGUAAAGGGCCAGGCGGUGCUGGGGCUGGUACCUGCAGGGGAAGAGGCAGGGAGGGGAUCGCGUGAGCAGCGUCCAGCUGCGGCCUCCGAGCAUCCCUGCAAGGUCGAUGGCUCCUGGUGCGGGCGGAGGGUCCUGGGCAUCCCCCCGUGCCAGCCGCCCGGGGCUCCAGCCUGGGCAUUGCGGGGCGAGGGGAGCGGCUGCUCCUCUUCCUUCAGCACCAGGUGCCCAGGACCCCGUGUUGCUGGUCUCGGGGUGCCCGGGGACCUGUCGCCGCUGAGGCCGCUGCACUGGCUGGCGGGGCUGUUCCUGCCGGAGGAAGGAGCCGAUGACGGCAGGAAGCUCUGCCCGGCCGAAACACCGCCCGUGCCGGAGCCCAGCACCGUGGCGUCCCUUGGGCUGGCCACGGCGUCACCGGGCGGUGCUGGCCGGCCACCAGCUCGGAGCCGCGCUGAUGUCAGGUCCCUGCAGGGAUGACUUCACGCGCCAAGCAUCCGCCAGCAGCGGCUGUGGGGCCAUUGCUCUGCCCCCUCCAUGUCCCUGGGGAGUCCCUGUCCCUGAGGAGGCAGGGGCUGCUGCGGGCAGGAUGAGGGCUUGGUGGGGAGUGAAGGAAACUGGACGUUUUUGAGAGGGAACAACAUGGAGCUGCAGCAUCAUUUGGGGAGGCGGCGGCAAGCGGAAAGGCAGGAGCAAGAAGUGGAGGGAGAUCCUGCGGUUCCCGCACAUCAGCCAGUGCGAUGAGCUGCGCAAGGGCCUGGAGCAGGACUAUGGCAACCUGUGCCAGAAGCAGCCCAUCGGCCGGCUGCUCUUCCGGCAGUUCUGCCAGACGCGGCCGGAGCUCCAGCGCUGCAUCCGCUUCCUGGACGCCGUGGCGGAUUAUGAGCUCUCCCCAGAUGAGAAGCGGAAGGAGAUGGGGGAAGAGAUCAUCCGCCGGUUCCUCCAGCAGGAGCCCCCUGCACCAGUACCUGAGUGGGGACCCCUUUGCUGACUACCGGGACAGCAUGUAUUUUGACCGGUUCCUGCAGUGGAAGUACCUGGAGAGGGCUGUGUGCUUCAGGCAGCCGGUCACCAAGGACACGUUUCGGCAGUACCGGAUCCUGGGCAAGGGCGGUUUUGGAGAGGUGUGCGCCUGCCAGGUGCGGGCCACGGGGAAGAUGUACGCCUGCAAGAAGCUGGAGAAGAAGCGAAUCAAGAAGCGGAAAGGGGAGGCGAUGGCCCUGAACGAGAAGCAGAUCCUGGAGAAGGUCAACAGCCGGUUCGUGGUGAGCCUGGCGUACGCCUACGAGACGAAGGAUGCGCUCUGCCUGGUGCUGACCAUCAUGAACGGCGGCGACCUCAAGUUCCACAUCUACAACAUGGGCAACCCCGGCUUCAAGGACGAGCGGGUGGUUUUCUACGCGGCGGAGAUCUGCUGCGGGCUGCAGCACCUGCACCAGGAGGGCAUCGCCUACCGGGACCUGAAGCCGGAGAACAUCCUGCUGGAUGAUGAUGGCCACAUCAGGAUCUCCGACCUGGGGCUGGCGAUCAAGAUCCCCGAGGGCGAGACAAUCCGCGGCCGCGUGGGCACCGUGGGCUACAUGGCCCCGGAGGUGAUCAGCAACGAGCGCUACAGCUUCAGUCCCGACUGGUGGGGCCUGGGCUGCCUGGUGUACGAGAUGAUCGAGGGGCAGUCGCCGUUCCGCGCCCGCAAGGAGCGCGUGAAGCGGGAGGAGGUGGAGAAGCGGGUGCAGGAGGAGCAGGAGCCCUACUCGGAGAAAUUCGGCGAGGAUGCUCGGGCCAUCUGCAAGAUGCUCCUGGCCAAGGACCCCCGGCAGCGGCUGGGCUGCGGGGCCGAGGGGGCGGCCGAGGUGAAGCGUCACCCCUUCUUCAGGAGCAUCAACUUCAAGCGCCUGGAGGCCGGCAUCAUGACACCCCCCUUCGUGCCCGAUCCCCGGGCGGUUUAUUGCAAGGACGUGCUGGACAUCGAGCAGUUCUCCACGGUGAAGGGCGUCAACCUGGACCAAACCGACAGCGAUUUCUACGCCAAGUUCGCCACCGGCAGCGUCUCCAUCCCCUGGCAGAAUGAGAUGAUUGAGACCGAGUGCUUCAAUGACCUCAACGUGUUCGGCCCUGGCGGGACCCGCUCCCCCGACCUGGACUGGUGGCAGCUGCCCGAGCCCCCCAAGCGCAGCCUCCUGCAGAGGCUCUUCCGACGCCAUCCGUCCGACUACCCCAUCGGCACCGCCAUCCACCCCCCCGACCCGGCCGCCAGCAACUCGCACCCCCCUGCAGCCAACGCCACCUGCCGAACCCCGGCCCCGUCCUGACCCCUCUCGCCACCCCGGGGGAGCCCCCAGCCCCCCACGCCCUCCCAUGGUUCCCUGGGGCUGGGGUCUCGGGGGCGCUGACAUGCGUGGGGUGAUGGGGCAGAGUCUGCUUGACCCCAACCCUGGCAGCCCUACGGCCCUUCCAGCUCUUCUUGGGGGUCCCACUGCAGGGUGCCCCCCCACCUGCCCCCCCAGCCACUGCCAGGGGAAGGGGCCAGGGCAGGGACCUAUUUUUGCUGCGUUUGAGCCCGUUAUCUUAUCGCCACUCGGUGCGUGACCUCUGCGGGCACGGGGGGGGCUGCGGGUUUAUCUGCACUCUCCGAAUAGAAACAAAGGCAGCCUUGGAGCUGGGGGGACACCCCCGGCUCCCCCUGGCCAUGCUGCAGCGGGAGUGACGGGGUCACCCCGACAGAGCCCCCGCUCGGGGAAACACCGGCUGCCCCCUCCGGCUCCGGCCACCACAGUGUGAAAUGGGCUCAGGAAAGGGAAUUUUCUCGAACGUGGGGGGCCUGGGGGGUUCCCUUUGUCACUUUGUCCUCCUGGGGCUGGUGGGGUGCAAGGGGCAGCACGUGGGUGUGCAAGGGACAGCACGUGGGUGUGCAAGGGACAGCAUGCGGGUGUGCAAGGGACAGCACAUGUGGGUGGGGGGGCUGUGCUGCCCCCCGCUUCGGGCCCUGGUGCAUCUCUGCCUCCAGCACCUUUGGUUUACAUUCAAUCCGGUUUUGUACAUUUGUAAACAGUUGUAAAUAUUUGUACGUUGAGCGCCUGGAUGUACAUUUUUAAGGUAAAAGCUGCAAACGGA